UUCUCCUAAUUUUAUUCUCCAUCGGAAAACACCGCCCCCCUUCGGUUUUUUCGCUUCCUAAAUUCCCCAAAGAAAGUUAAAAAAAAAAAAAAAAAAAAAAUCCAAACCCUUCUAACCAAAUUCCAAAAGCCGACGCCAUGGGCAUGUGAAAUUGCAUGCCUUUUUCUCUCAUCUCUGAAACUCUCUAAAAACCGAGUCUAAAAGGGCACCAAAAAGGCCAAAACUCGCUCUAGAUUUCACUUUCUGUAUAACUUUAACGAAUGGCGAUGGCUGUUGAAGGAGGAGGGACGCUAUCCGAGAUUUUUCAGACUGCGAAGAAGCUCCUGCUCAGGGCUCGGGAUGGAGUCGAGAGGCUGGAGCGUCUCGAGAGUUCUACAUCUAGUGGAGGUCUCGACUCCCCUGAGCUCUCCUUCACCGUUAAAAAGGACAUCUCUCAGAUCCAGUCCCUUUGUGCUGAAAUGGAUCGUCUCUGGCGCUUAAUCGCCGCUAAACCCCAGCGUGAUCUCUGGAAAAGAAAGGUAGAACAAGUAGCAGAAGAAGCUGAAUCAUUGAAACAAAGUCUGGAUAGAUACUUCUCAAGGAAUCAAAAGCGGAUGAGGGAAGCUCAGGAGAGGGCAGAAUUGCUUGGAAGAGCUAAUGGUGAAUCAGCUCAUGUUUUAAGAAUAUUUGAUGAGGAAGCACAAGCAAUGCAGUCGGUUCAAAAUUCAAAAAGGAUGUUGCAAGAAUCUUUAUCAACAGGAUCAGCCAUCCUUUCCAAAUAUUCAGAGCAAAGGGAACGCUUGAAGAAUGCACAACGCAAAGCUCUGGAUGUUCUUAACACGGUGGGGCUCUCCAACUCUGUAUUGAGACUCAUUGAGAGGCGGAAUCGUGUUGAUAGAUGGAUCAAAUAUGUGGGAAUGCUCAUAACACUUGCCAUCAUGUAUUUUCUCGUUUCUUGGAAUCGCUGAAGUGCUCUUCAUGUUUUUAAUGGGCAUAGCACUUUUACAUGGCAAAAGAAAUGAAUUUGUACAAGGCGUCCUGAAAAGAUGAGAUCAUAUUGGAAUGAGUGUACAAAGAAAGGGUAUUGCACUUUUCCAUAUUCCUGUUUCAUGACUUCUAUUGUUUGAUUGUAUGAAAAUUCAAUGGAGGAAAUAUACAACGCAAGGGAGUGGAAAUGAGACUAUUUGUUGCUAUUGCUGCCAAGCGAAAAGGUUAUGUGGGUCAGUGACAUUAAAUUGAGUGGCUGCUUAUGGGGAGUGAUUUAUUAUUUUACAUUGAUCUGUUGUGACAAAAUAUAAUUCAGUAACCAAUUUAGUAAGUAUUGAUGUAA